UACUAUAUUCGUGCUUAAGUCAUAUGCGUACAUAUGUAACUGUGUUUAUUGGCGUUGCAACGCGCGUUGAAGUGAAAGUGACGGUUGUGGACUUGUUGUUUUUGUUAUUUUUUGCGUUUUGUUCUUGGGUUUUUCGCAAUCUAAGCUAGAUUUUGAUUAUCGCUUUGACCCAACACACAAAGACUACCUCCAAGCGCUGAUAAUCAACAGUUUUUCCGGUCUACUGGCUUCAUUGUUCAAUAUCUCAGUAUCUUGACGAAACUGUUAUUCUUAAGUCGAAGAGUGUUUAAUAGCAUCUAAAUCGAUCUACGAAGAGAAGGAUUGAAAACAGGUCCUCAACAGCGACAACAUGAGUGCGGUCGAUGCGGUCUUGAGCUUUAAACGAAGCCCCGACGAGGACUUCUACGGAAUGCUCAACUGUGAUGAGAACUCGUCGGUUGAACAAAUCCAGGCUGAGUACAAAGUUUUGGCUCUUCAGUACCAUCCGGAUAAGAACGACGGCGACAAGGAUGCUGAAGCCAAGUUCCAACGGCUAAAGGAGGCAAAGGAGACGCUCUGCGACCCGGAGAAGCGCGCCAACUACGACAAAUGGCGCAACAGUGGCAUCGCGAUGAGCUACAAGAACUGGCUGGGUAUGAAGGAGCACGUCGGACAGGUGAGAAGAUACACAAUCGCCGAGAAAGUGGAUAAGGAGUCCAUGCACUGGGCCACGCCAAAGACCAAGGACCGCAUGCUGCCAGAGGCGGGCGCCGCCACUGGCGCUGGCGGUAGCGGCAGCGGCGGCCUCUCGGCGGCCUCACCCAACCCGGCCCAUCGCCGUGCCUCCGAGGGUGGCGCUGCGCUCUACUACGGCAACCGGAAAACCGAAUGGGGCACCGAGAACUCCGAUGUGGCCAACAAGUUUCGCAACUACGAAAUUUAAACAACAACAGCAGCAACAACAAUACCAAAAAUAUAUACAUAUACAAGUAGUCGAAUACUCGCGCAGCAGUCAGUAUCAACAACAACAACAACAACAACAACUGCAAGAAAAGAGAGUAUGUAAACGCGAAGAGCGUGCUGAAUCCCACAGAACCAACCAACAAUAUCACAUGGAGUACACCGGAAGUUUUGACCACUGACAUUUACAAACAACAAAAACAACACGCGCACACAAACUCAUUGAAUUAUACACAUGUGUAUACAUGCACACGCACACACACUGGCUGAGAAUGCAGCUUGCAACCGCGCGCUGCCGGCGGUUAGCACUGCUUCGAAGCGCAAAAUUUUGAUGACUUUUAUCAUAUCCAAAAAUUUUCAGAACUUAUCUAAAUGUAUACACUGAAUGUUUUGACCAGAUACAUGUUGUUACUUAUUAUAUAUUCAUAGUCAAGGUAAAGCUAUCAUUCGUAUUAUAUGAUACACACAUACAUGCAUAAAUAUAUAUAAAUGUAUUUGAUUAAAGCGAAUAAAAGAAGAAACUAGAAAAAAAACACGAAACUAAGAAACUGUAAUUUCAAUAAACGCCUAAAAUUAACGAGAAGACGAAGUUAAGCAAAAGAAAAAAUACAAAAAUGAAAAUAAAAACAAAUAAAAGAAAUUAUGAGAAAAGAAAACUAUUUAAAAUAAGUGUAAACCAAAUAUUAUAAAUCAAAUAUUAAGAGGUAUUAUGAAACUAAUGAAUAUUUAUAUGAAAAUUUAUGAAAUUAGCAGCAUUAAAUGUAUUUAUUUAUGAAGCAGAAUGAAUUUACGAUGUUGAACAAACACACAUAUUUAUAAAACCUGUAUUAAUUAAGCUAAGAAACGCGUUGAAGUAAAUAUCUAUUGAUGUUACAUGUGUGCCCCCAAUGACAAUCCCCGUUUUUUGAGAACUUUACUAACUGUCAAUGUGAGCAGAGCAAGAAGAAUGCUUAUAUUUAUAUACACCAACAAGUAGCAAGCAGCUUGUCCAAGCCUCCUACACAUUGCACGAAGAUGAAACAGCUGAGAGAGGCGGAAAAAUUUAUAUUUCAAGCAUUACGGUAAACUAAAAUCAAAUCUGAAGCGAAUUUAAAGCAAAAUAAUUAGAAAGGAUUUACAAAAACAAAAAAAAAGAGAUUAUUUAAAAAAUUUAAGCAACUAGCGAAUAGCGAAAACGCAAAAAAUAAAAGAAAAAUAAAAUAAAAAUCACAAAAGAAAACGCAAAAGCUAUUUACUUCCGUUGCCUAACUGUAUUGAUGUUGCGCACAAAGCCAAAUGUCGAAAUGCAAAGAAAUCAAAACCUACACAUAUUCCGAAAAUAAAUAUAGACACUUUUCCAAAACUAAGAAUUGAAAAAAGUUCAAUUAAAUCGCAAAGUAGUUAUGAAGACAAAACGCAAGUCGCAAGUCGAGACUCGAAAGCGCAACUAGCAAAUCUAGCGCAAACAACUUAGUGUUUACUUAUGAUAAUUCACGUGAAAUGAACCACCUACCAAAGAAAAUACAAAAACUAAAAAAAAAAAUAAUAUUUCUUCUUUUUUGAUAUUUUGUAGCGCGAAGUUGCGCCGUAAUUGAAGCACAUAUGACAAAUACAGAACAUUGAGAAUAUUAGUAAUUCCGAUUUCCAUAAAACACUUGUAUUUUAACUAUAUAUAUAGAAAGAGAAUCUUACUAAUAAAACAUAAGAAAUACAUAUUUAUGUAUAAAUGUUGACAUUUGUGUUGUUUGAAAGACGUACUCACGCCUGUGGAAGCAUACUUUAAGCUCUUAAGUCCACAUAAUUAAUAUUGAUAAACGAUAAGGUGCAGCAUCGCAGUGAAAAAAAAUUAAAGAAAAGGUAUGAAAGUUAUUUUUAGCAAUUAAAACGAUUUUCUUAGCUGUUUACAGAAUUCAAUAAGAAAUAACACAGGCAAAUAAAUAAGAUAUUCGGUGGCAUUGCCACGCGGACUUAAUGAAUAGUGAAAUGAACUAACUUUAUUGCUGAACAUUCUGCAGAAAAUACACACAAAAAUAAAAAGAAACACUUAAAACUAA